CUCAACUACCAUUCUUCACUUUCUCACCCACCAUCCAUUCUUCUCUAGAGCACCACUUUUCUGCAGUCUCCUCUCCUUCUAACUAAUAUAUUAACACUUAAAGUGCCCCUCUAUUGCCCCAACAGCAAGCUUCUUAGUCUGAUAGGCUCUCUUCAUUAAAUUCCCCUCGUGGUAGGUGAGUUUGAAAUUAAAUCUGCGGUCUCUUUGUUCUCUUCAGUUCUUAUGGCUGACUCAGAAUACUCUACUUCUAAUGACACUUCUUGUGUUGAUUCUCAAGAGCAAAGCAGCCAAGAAGCUAAGCUUGAAUUCUCUGAAGACGAGGAAACACUGAUCAUUAGGAUGUUUAAUCUGGUUGGAGAGAGGUGGGCUCUAAUUGCUGGGAGGAUCCCUGGGAGAACAGCAGAGGACAUUGAGAAGUACUGGAAUUCAAGAUACUCAACCAGUGAGUGAAUAUUGGGAAAAAAAAUUUGGUGGUUUUCUCUACAAAAGCAAGGGUUUAUUGGAGAGUUGGAGGAAGAUUACAGAUGGUUGGGAAUUUGAAAGAUCUCGACUUUUUCUUCAAUCCCUCUUAGGAGAGAAGAUUUGCUCUUCAUGUUAUUACUCUGUUUGAUAUUUCAAGUUUCACUGUUUGUUUACCUAACAUCAUGAUUCCAUGUGGGUGAAAAAAAAUGGUUAAUCAAGCUCGAGUGUAUAAAAUUUUUCCUCUACUUUCUGUUUGUUUCCA